UGUUCCUAGACGGAGCUUCGGCCCAAGAUGGUCUAUAGCUGGUCCACUAUGGUGCCCUUGGUCUCGUUCCUCGCAGCGUUAAGGAUUUUGACCGAAGCUCAAAGUUGCAAUAAUGGCGUUGGCAAGCUCGUCUACGAAAAGAUUGCGGACUACAAACUCAGUGCUGGCUUCGGCGGCGGGAGGCAGCGGGUGGAACUGAUCACGCGCGCCGAGCAGCCCGUCAAAGUGCUCGAGGAGUGCGUGCGUCGAUGCCAGGAAGACCGGACGACGGCGGUGGCCCAGUGCCUCUCGUUCGACUUCAUGCCCGGUCGGCGGAGACCCGCCACCCCGGCCACGUCAACGGGGUCGGCGCCCGUCGAGUUCGAGGAGUCCGUCUGCUACCUCUACUACGACAGGGCGUCGCCCGACGGCGGCGAGACCCUGGUGCGACAGAACAACGCCUGGCACUUCAACGAAGUCUGCCUCUCGUCCACCAAGGUGAACACGGAGUGCUCCAGUCGUCUGUACGUGUUUGACCGGAGUCCGGGCUACCGAUUGGAAGGGGCGGGCGACAAGGAGGUGUUCGCCUCGAACCGUACCGACUGCGAGGACAAGUGCCUGGGCGAGAUCGGCGUCGUGUGUCGCUCGGCCACCUUCGACAGGGCGGCGCAGCGCUGCCGGCUCAGCCCGGAGACCAAAUACAUGAACUCUCAGGCCUUCAAGCAGGACGCCAACUCGGAGUACGUCGAGAACCUCUGCUUGCCCAGUUCACAGUUGUGCACCACGACAGCCUUCAUUCUGGAGGCCGGCAAGGAACUGGACGGGGCCUUCGAGCGUGAGGUCGUCUCCACGAGGGACCUCCAGGAGUGCUCCAACUACUGCACCAGAAGCCUUCCGGACAGGGGUUACUUCUGCCGGUCCUUCCUGUUCGACGACAAGGCCAGGACAUGCACCCUCUACGACGAGGAUCCCCUCGGCUACGGGGAGGGAACGGAAAGCCACAAGCCUCUCAAGACCAGUACCGGGGACCUGUACAGAGUCCUUUGCGGAAGCUCCGAGCGGGACGCCAUCAUCAACAAUGCCACCUUCGAGUGCUACCGACGGAAGCGGCUGGACGGGGCUCAUCAGGCUGAGAUCAAGGCCUACUCCUUCCAGGAGUGUCUGGACGAAUGCAUGCGCCGAUACGGCAGGGAUUGCCGCUCCGUUGAAUACUCCUCCCGUUACCAGUCUUGCCGAUUCAGCUCGUAUGACGGCCAACCUAGGCCAAACCUCAUCGAUGACGAUUUCUACGAUUUCUACGAGUUCAAGUGGUAUCGAAGUGCAGGACAUACCGGAGGACACGGCAUAGCUGGCGGUGGUGCCACUUCUGGCGGUGGUUACGCACCACAUCCCCUGCCCCCAAGCACCGGCUACGGCAGUCCCGCUCACGGGGUCCACGGCGCCGGCGGCUAUCACCACGGCUGGCACGGCAUCCACGCCACUCACCGCGGCUACCCCGGUCCUGGCCUUCCCGGAGGCGGCUUGGGCUCCGGCUACGACCCAGGCUACCCGCCGAGUCGCUGGCCAGCCGGUGGAGGCUACCCUCCUGGGCGCGGUUCCUCCGUCGCUUCACCUGGUGGCUACGCUGGCGGCACCGGCGGCUACGGCAGCGGGGGCUACGGGAGCGGAGGCUACGGAAGUGGUAGCUACGGGGGUUAUGGUAGCUCCUGGAGUAGCGCUUCUGGCUACGCCGGCAGUUCGGCGACGGGAGGAGGCUUUUCGAGUGGCGGCUACGGCGGUGGAGGCUAUGGAACUCCGUACGGCGGUGUCCCGAGCAGCGGAGGUGGAGUCCAGCAGCACUCUCACGGCGCCGGAGGUGGAUUCCCGGCGCAUCCUCCGCCACCUCCACCGCCUCACGUUCAUCCACCUUUGCCACCAGUCACCGGUGGCGGCGCGCCACCGUUCGCGCCACCGUUGCCGCCCGGUCUGGCUGAGAAGUGCAAGUUCUCGUCGGCCGUGUUCAGACGGGUCGGUUAUGGUACCCGGCUCAAAAGUUUCUAUGUCCGGCGAGUGGUGAGGACGGAACGACUUGAAGAGUGCGAGCAGGCCUGCUCUGAAGCUAGAGACAUUCACUGCAAGUCCUUUAACUUCAGAGCGUUUUUCCCGGACAACUGCGAGCUCAGCGACUACGACUCCCGACAACUGCAGCUGAGCAACCCGUCUCACUUCGACCAGAGCACGCAGUUCGAUUAUUACGAACGGGACGACUUGGGACAUGGGCCGGGGGGAGCCGGAGGGGGAGACUGCCUGGACGUGAGUCAGACCUGCACACCAGACGGAAUGGAGUUCACCCUGAGAACGGUGGACGGUUUCUAUGGACGCAUCUAUACCUACGGAUUUUACGACUCUUGUUUUUACGAUGGAAACGGUGGCAGCGUGAACGUCCUCCGAAUAAGCAGGGGCAACGGUUUCCCACGCUGUGGCACUCAAACGUACGGCGACGUGAUGACCAACAUCGUCGUGGUACAGUUCAACGACUAUGUGCAGACGAGUAGGGACAAGAAAUACAACUUGACGUGCUACUUCUCUGGUCCGGGCGAAGCUGUGGUCACGUCAAACUACCUGGAUACCAGGACUGACGGGCGAUAUCCUACUCAGAUCGAGCAUCUUCCUGCCCAGAACAUCUUGACCUCCAACGUCCAGUUGAGAAUUCUCUACAGAGGGACACCCACGACCACGAUCGCUGUGGGGGACCUCCUCACAUUUCGGUUAGAGGCAAGAGGAAAAUAUCAGUUCGACUUCUACAGUGACAUCUUCGCUACCAAUGUCAUCGCCAAGGACCCCUAUUCAGGGAGACAGGUGCAUCUCAUCGAUUCCAGAGGGUGCCCUGUAGACCUGUACGUUUUCCCCGAACUGCACAAGGCCCCCGAUGGCGCCCUGGAAGCGGAGUUCUACGCCUUCAAGAUCCCAGACUCCAACCUGCUCGUGUUCCAAGCGACCGUUCGAACAUGCCGCGGUCCAUGCGAGCCCGUCAUCUGCAGCGACCGUGGACGACCCGGGACCUUCCCGUCCUGGGGCCGUCGCAAGCGUGCGGUCUCGAAGCAGCUGGGAGGAGGACCUCAGGUAGCUGUUCCGGUGGCACUUCCCGUGAUGAAGAUGAACGCCUCGUCCAGUGCUCCUGCUCCGACGAGCCUGGAGUCGGUGAUACCUUCCCCGAAGAACUUGACCAGCGCCAACUCCACAGACGACGAGGCGGAGGAAGUCCGGGAGCUUCUGCACGUUUACUUGUCCCGUGCCGACAUUCCUCACGAAGCACCCUCUGCGCUGUACAAGAAGCCUACCGUCUGCGUCGCCCAGUCCGGUUACUACGCACUUGUUACAAUGCUGGCCCUCCUGAUUUGCGCCCUGGUUGGAAUCGCUCUCGGUGCAAUGCUGUUUGUUCGUCGAGUCAAACUCCAGGUAAAGAACACCCAGGCAGACCUGACAUCACCCAGCCCGUGCAACAUAUACGCCUCCCAGUUUCAAGCCCCGGUGUCUCAGUUCCAAGCCCCAGUGUCGAAGUUUGAGGAUCCCAGCGAGCCCAUCUACACAGACCCUUCGCUCUUCGAACGCUCCAGGUCCUUGCGGAGCCUCACCGUCUGCAAUGUGGGCAAACUCAAGGGGGACUUCGACUGAAUGCUCUUCCCCGUCCGAACUUUGGCGCGUGGCCCUACGUGUAUAGCUACCCCGUGAAAU